AUGUUUAAAAAACGUAUAGUGAAGGCUGGAAAGACUGCUCACAAACGGCAGAAGAUAGUAGAGCCACCGCAGAGCCCAGAUACAUUGUUGAAAGAGGAAGCUUCAAUUGCAUCGCGGAAGUCAUCGCGCAGCUCAUCGCCUGAUCAACGUUCUACAGGAAAGGACGAUAACGAGGGGGAAAGCCCUAAACAAGACUGGAAGGAAAAACUUGGCAACGAGCAACACAUAAAGAGCGUUAAGGCCUCAGACAUCGAUGAGAAAAUUUCAAAUUCUCCUGCUGCAUCGAUUUCGCUUUCGAGGCUGGACCCUGCCAAGCAAAACGUAAAAGACACGAAAUCGACGCUUUAUAUGGAUUAUCAGCCAGAUAUUUGCAAAGACUACAAGCAAACCGGCUAUUGUGGCUACGGUGACAGCUGCAAAUUUCUACACGCGAGAGAUGAUUUCAAAGCGGGCUGGAAACUCAGCCAGGACUGGAAAAUUGAUUUCAGCGAAGAAGAGGUGAAAAGUAUAGAGGAAAUUCCCUUCAAGUGCGUAAUUUGCAAACAGGAUUAUUCCAAUCCGGUUGUAACUAAUUGCAAACACUACUUUUGCAGCGCUUGCUUCAUGAACAGAGCGAAAAUAACAACCAAAUGUUAUGUCUGCUCGCAGGACACGGGCGGCGUAGCUCGAACCGCGAAAAACCUCCGCAGCGUACUACAAAAGCGUAAAACUUGA